AUGUAUUUCAUAGCGGCAAUAAAUUUUUGUUAUGCUCCUUUAAUGUUUUUCCUUCGUCAUUUACCGCCAACAAAUACACAAACUGAAGGAGUAGGAGAACAACAAACAUUAACAUCAACAACAACAACAACAAAUCAACAACAACAAAAACAAAUAAUAUUAAAUACUCCUUUAAUUUAUGAAAAAAUUGAAGGAAUUAAUGAUCCUCAACUUUUAUAUGGAAAUGAACAACAAAAAAGACAAACAAAUGGUUUUAAUUCUGUAUGGGAUGAUUAGAGAAAAAUUGUGAAAAGAGGAUUUUUAUUUUAUUUUUUAAUUUUUUUUAUAUUUUUUUUUAAAAUUCUGUGAAAAUUCGUUCCCUAAAAUUUUUUCUUUUUGGUGUAGUGGGAUAAUUUUUAAUUUUGUGGGGACAAUGACCAUGGUUCGAACCCUUUUGGGGGGAAAUUAUUUUUAUAGCACUUAAAAUAGGACAGAACAUUUUACAAUUGAUCUGUUAACUUGAAAAAAAUUUUUUCCUUUGUUUUUAGAUAUUUUUCAAUUAUUAAAAGAUCUCUUUUUCUAUUCUUGUCAAUCUCUUUUUUCAUAAAUAAAAAAUAAUUGAAUAAACAAAUAAAUCUUUUUUUAAGAGUUGAAUAUUAUUUUUGUGUUAAUUGAAUAUAACUAGUAUUAAUUCUAGUUUAUAUAUAUAUUUAUUAUUAUUUGGCUACUAAUAUUUUUCGGGACAAAAGAAGAACUUUAAAAGGAAUAUUCUAGUUUUUUUAAGUUAUGGACAACAGGAAGGACAAAUGUGACCCAAUUCUACACAAAUUCUACAAAAUUUGGUUGGACAAACUUUGUGCUCGAGAUUUCUAAUUUUGGUAUUAUUUUUUAAAAGGAGAGAUCAAGUUUAUUUUUGUAGGAUUGUCUAUGGAAUAGAAUUUUUGAUGGAGAUGUAGACGAAUAAAAUUGGAAAAAGGCUAGUUUAAAUGAGAGACGACUGUUUCUUGAAGUGUUGGAAUUACGAGGAAAUUGGAAGGUUUUUUUGUUUUUACUUGAUUAGGGCUGGGGUCAGAUUUAGGGUUUUUUCCGUAGAUUUUUAGGAUAUCCCUUUCUUGACAGAACGCCUUUUUUGUCAAAUUUUGUCUCAUUUUGCCUUACUUUUCUCUUUUUCUUCGUUUUGGCCUCUUAAUAUUUACUAGGUCACGUCCUCAUUUUUUCAUGACCUUUUUUCCAAUUUUUGCCUUUUUCUUCGUUCUCUUCAACUUUUGCCUAGAAAAGAAUUCUUUCAAAAACAUUUUGGCGCUUUAAUUUGAGUCAUACUUGGACAUUAAAUAUUUGUUCUUUUUUCUACCGCACUUUUCUCUCAUUGUAAAUACACUUAAUGGUCAAUUCCUUCUUAAAAAAGUUCUUUCGUCGUUUUUCUCUCGUUGAAGGGGAUAUAACAGUCGCCGCUUGAAUCAACUUUUUAAUUUUUUUUGUUUGCCUAUAUUUCUU